AUGGCGGCCAUCGAAGGCACACAAAUAUGCAACAAAGAACUUGGAAUGGCAUCUGGUGAGAUUCCAGACUCUGGGAUCCUAGUUUCCUCAGAAUUACCAAAUCAGGAGAAGGGAAAGAUGCGUUAUGGUUCAUUUGAGAACGUAACUUGGUCUGCAUGGUGCCCAAACGCUGGUGAUAGUGAUCCCUGGGUCGAGAUACAUCUUCCGAAGGUAAAGUCUGUGUCCCAGAUCAGGUUCCAGCUACCUGCCAUGGGCAUCCCACCAACGACACCAGUUGCCUUCAUGACCAAGUUUAACAUGGAGUUUCUUCCCUAUUUUGGAGACGAGAAGUACAUACUAUUCAAAGAGAAUAUCAAGUCAGUAUUCAAUGCGACCAUGUCGUACACCAUCAUCUUUGAUCCUGCUAUUGUCACCAACACUAUCAAACUGACGCCAACUGAAUGGACGAACUCACCCUGCUUUAGGAUGGAGAUAAUCGGAUGUGACAUCACAGAUCUGUGCCCAGAUCCAUAUUGUUUGAACGAUGGCGUCUGCGCUGGAUCAGACCUCUGCUACUGUCCACAGCCAACCUUGGUUGGAGAGAAGUGUCAAUACAGCAAGCCGUGUGUGCCAGUGACAAUGUACAACUUUACCGAGGUUGUUAACGAGACGGUGACAGGGAUUCCUUCUGACUUCAAGAUUAUCAAAGGGGACGCGAUGCUGGAAGGGGGAUGUAGCCCAAUUCUACAGCUACACAACGGCGGUUGCGUACAAAUGCCACUUGACGAGCUGUGUUUAAAAGAUCUGGACAACUGUUUCUCGGGAUUCACUAUCAGCCUGACUGUCAAACAAGACACGAUUGUAGAUCCGAAGUACUUCUUGACAACUGGAGGUGAGCUAGGCUCGCAUAGCGGUAUAUCUUUCUAUUACCAGAAUCAGAAGCUCAUAGUUUCAGUCACAAUGUCCAAGAGGUCGUGGCGUUUGGUGAAGCAGUUCAAUCCUCAACCAAACACAUGGUAUUGGUUCGAGAUUUCGUGGACGCCAAACUUCGGAUUGUCUCUCCAUGUGAACGGUCUUCCAGCAGGCUACGUGUUUCAAUACUCCACGGCAGACCCAACAGCAAAUAAAUCUGAGACGCUGGUAGUGGGAUGUUCUACACAGGUGACAACUGCCCCCAGCACACUGUGGGUGAAGAACCUUGUGUUUGCACCACUCCGGCAUGAAGACUUGAACGGAACCAUAUAUUACAACUAUGCUGGAGAUCUAACGAAAUCUACACCGUGUGUUCCCCCGCCUUCAGUGAUGGAGUGCAUGGAACCUCCGACAACUACCCAGCAGAUUACAACAACAGAAGUCAUAACUACAGUUGAGGUUGACACAACCGCACAAGAAGCUGAAACAACGGCACAAGAAGCUGAAACAACGACAGAAGAUGUUGACACAACCACACAAGAAGCUGAAACAACGACAGAAGAUGUUGAAUUAACAACAGAAGCUGAAACAACGACAGAAGAUGUUGAAUUAACGACGGAAGCUGAAACAACGACAGAAGAUGUUGAAUUAACGACGGAAGCUGAAACAACGACAGUAGAAGCUGAAACAACGACAGUAGAAGUUGAAACAACAACGGAAGAAACACAGAUAACAACAAAGGCUGAGACAAAUGAAGCGACAGAGGCUACUAUGAUGCUUGAAGAAAUUACAACUGAAGAACCGACAACACCUAUGGAAGAGAUCAGCACAACCGAAGACAUGACCACUGAAAAGCUAUCUACAGAACCUCCAACAACUACUGAAACUACAACAACAACCACCUUGCCUACCACCGAAAUUAAAUGCCAAACACCUCUGUGGCAGACUGGUAUCAUUAAGGACAUUCAUGUCGUGUCCUCAUCAAACGGCCCAGGAAAGACGCCGAUUAUGGCUAAAUCCGAUUGUUGUGCAGGACAAACGGUAGGAGGAUGGUGUCCAGAUCCUAAGUUGCCCCCUACUGCUCAGUACUUGGAGGUUACAUUUGAGACGCCCUACGGGGUGAAGGCUAUCGAAAUCCUGCCACCAGAGGGGACGGACCCUAUAUAUCCCUCCGCGGCCAGGGAGUAUAUGACAAACUACACCUUUAAGUAUGUGCCCUUCGGAGGAAGCAAUCUCACAACGUAUGGUACACAGGCUGGGCCAAUCUACAUGCUGGGUGUGCGGGGAAACGCUGUGACAGUUGUAUCCACCAUCACAGAGAUUAUCGGCCUCAUCACGGAGAGGGUUCGCAUAUCCGUCGCAGACUUCAAGAAUGAGCCUUGCUUCAGGUUCGAACUCUUUGGAUGUGAGCCACAAUGUGAGAAACAUUUCAACUUAACAGUUAAAUCAAAAGUGUAG